GCGCCGGUUUUGCUCCUUGUUUUCCUCCUCCUCAUUGCAAUACACACGUAGGCUAAACCUUCCCUGCCUCUUGCUCCCAUAUCUCGGGGAACAGGAUUUUUUUUUUUUUUGUUUUUCCUUUAGCGCUGGUGCUAGGAGGGGGGUGUGGGGGGGGACCAUCUGGACGCACUGAACUGAUGGUGGUGGUCCCAGGGCCCAGUGUGCUUACUGAUCAUCCCCACAGCGGGAUAUGGUCCCCUGAAGCUCGGCAGUUGCUAUUGUGAAGAGACAAGGUCACUACUCCCGUGAGAAACAUGAAGAUUUGGAGCACAGAGCAUGCUUUCAGUUACCCAUGGGAGACGGUGAUCAAGGCCGCCAUGAGGAAGUACCCCAAUCCGAUGAAUCCUCACGUGGUGGGCGUGGACGUGUUGGAGCGCCGCCUGGACGCAGAAGGCCGCCUGCACAGCCAUCGACUGCUCAGCACUGAGUGGGGCCUGCCGGCGAUCGUACGAGCGAUACUUGGAACCAGCAACUUGCAGACGUACGUGAAGGAACACUCCAUAGUUGACCCCAAGGAGAAGAAGAUGGAGCUGUGCUCAACUAAUAUUACUCUCACCAACCUGAUAUCAGUGGAUGAGAGGCUUGUUUACAUGCCACACCCACACAACCCGGAGGUCACCAUCCUGACACAAGAGGCCAUCAUUCGCGUGAAAGGCGUGAGUUUGAGCAGCUACCUGGAGGGCAUGAUGGCGAGGAGGAUGUCUGUUAAUGCCAGGAAGGGUUGGGAUGCUAUUGAGUGGAUUAUUCAGAACUCUGAAAGAGAAAACAUUACUCUCUGACAUUUAUUAAUUCUGGAAUGCCACACCACAUAGCAAGUACUUGGGACUAAAACACAGGGGGAGUCUUUGUGGACUUCUCACACCACACACAGACUUACUUGUGGAGUAUAUGGACAAAGAUUGAUUGAAACUGGUGUGUAUCCAAAUGGGGGGAGCUGAAUGCUCAAUCUACAACUUCUGCUUCAGAGGGAGAAAAAAACAAAACUUUGGAACUAGCUACUGGAAAGUGCAACCCAGUUUUUGGUUCGGUACAUUUGGGAGUAUGCCAGAUUUUGAUGUUGAACUAUCCAUCUGGAGUUAUGAAGGAUACUGGGAAUGACCCACAUGGUGUGUAGUGACAAGUAUCAAUAACUAGGAAUGGUUAAGCACGUGGUUAAGAGUCCUCCGGGGGAAAAAAGGUGCUUUCAAUGUAUUAAAGUCUAUGUAAUUAUUUUGCAUGAUAACUGUAAGAGAAAUUAAGGACCAUAGGAGCUAGAGAGUAACUUAGCUUUGCAUUCUCUGACGGGAAUGGAAAUUUUUGCUCACAUUACCGCAGAACACCAGCUCAUUUUUAAUGAAUCGUCAGCCGGUGGUACCUCAAAUUCUUUGCAACUGAGAUCGAAGGGUGGGUGCAGUUCCAAAAAACAGUUGGCCUCAUAAUGCUGCCAGUGAGUGUGAGUGAUUGUGAUCACUAAAGCCUCAUGCCUUUGUACGUGUAGAACGAAGCUAUAGUCCGACAAAGUGUGAUUGCCGGAGGGAGACUCACACUGUUACAAAACUGAACAUCAUCUGAAAAAAUAUGUACAACGGUAAAGUAGGACAUUGUUCAGAUUGUCUGCUAAAAAAAAAGAAGAAAAGUUUAAUUUGUUUAUAAUCUCAACUGUUACCACGCACGAAUUCACUGUUUGGUGGAACUUAACAUUUGGAAUAAUGUUUAUAUGAACAGUGUCAUUUCAGCUUCCUAUAGGCACCAUAUCUUCAUGGAUAUUUUCCAUUGAACAAAAAUGACCUAAUGACCUAUUACAGAUGCAAAAAACGUUUCUCCCGUAUGGCAUGAAGAGCUUGAGUUUUUCAGGAUGUACUAAAUAGAUCCAGAAGAGGGCGCUAGUCCCCUUUGCACUGUCCCAAGAACUGGGGGCAAUAAAAAGUGUAAGACUUGUCUGCUGAAUAAAGGUGCUUCUGAAAGUAAA